GAUCCUGAUAGCUAUGUCGACUGCCGCACUGCUAACCACCACCAUUGUAUCGUAACACCAGCUCCUGUGGGAACCUUGAGACCCAAAGAUCUCAAAUUUUGAGUAUCAAAGACACGAAGAAAACAUUACAGUGUUCAGGCAUGACGGAUACAUCAGACAGAUCUCCGCAAUGCUCGUGCUCUAUGAAGUUGACGGAAGCAUAUUGAAACCCCUGAAAUCACAAUCUGAAUUGCAACUCUCCGCUAAAGCCACCGCCUAUGUCUCUUUUCUCGACCACACGGUCGGAGAUUCGGAGUUAAAGCUUAAUGACCAGAGUUACCCAACAAAUUGUAUCUUUCGGCCGGCCAAAUAUCAUUAUUUCUAAAAAGCCUCCAGAUAAAUCCUAUCGCUACAUUCAUACUAGAAACUCCUGUAAAUAAGUCUAUCUCAAAGUCGAUAUCGUUCUCUACAGAUUUUCCUAUUACCUCCUCUGUUCAAACAAUCUUUUCCUAUACAUUCAUUCGCGAAGCGCAAUAUAUCCGGAAUCAACUAAUGGUUCCAAGUAUGUCGCAGUUCGUGAGUCUCCGAAAGGACCCGGUGAUGCCCGUCCCACAGCUUUUUAAAUCAUCGAAGAUGAGCAAGCCGAAAGAAACUUGGCCGGCAAAGUAAUUCUCAUUACUACUAGUUAUUCCUCGGGUCUAGGUGUCGAGACUGCACGCACACUCUUCAAAACAGACGCCACUCUUUAUCUCACAGCGCAAUAUUGGAAAGAUGAGAGCAGUAUUGAGCUAUAUUAUCGAUAGCCAACGCUUGCAUCUCAUCAGCCUCGAUAUAAGCUCUUUUAAUUCUGUACACGACUGUAUCAAGGAGUUCCAGUCUCAAAACAAGAAGCUCAAUAUGCUUAUCGAGAAUGCUAGUGUUUUGGCAUGUCUAGAGGGUCGAACAGUAGACAGCUUCGAAACCCAGUUUAUAACCAACUAUCUUGCGCAAUUCCUACUAUUCCAUCUUUUCAAACCGACUUUGCUAGCUUCAUUUACCACAAAGUUCAACUCUCGUGUUGUUCUUGUUUCCUCUUCAGCUCAUCGUAACUGGAGCGUACACUUCGAUAAUUUGAGUCUAGAAGGAGAGUACGAGCCUUGGAAGGCCUAUGUUCAAAGCAAGACAGCCCUUCUCUGGACCGCUGAUGAAAUCGAGAGACGCUAUGGGUCUAAGCGUCUUCGUGCUUUCUCUUUACAUCCCGGUGUAAUUAAGACCGAGUUACUCCGUCAUAUCUCAGCAGAACAACAAGCUACAUGGGCUAAAGAUGAAAUUUUGGCCACUUACUGGAAGACUCCAAAGCAAGGUGCGGCAACCACCGUAUGGGCAGCUGUGUCUAAGGAAUUAGAGGGAAAAGGAGGGAAAUAUCUGUACGACUGCCAGAUUGCUAGCCCAUGAAAUGAAGCAUCGGGCAUGUAUGGACCAGGCUAUGCCGCAUGGGCAUAUGAUGCAGAGAGCGCCAAGAAGCUAUGGACGAAGGUGUUAGAGAUCCUUAAGCUGGAGGACAACUAAGUUAGACCACCAUAUUUUUAGGUCAUCUCUGAGAUCAUAAUCGGUUUAAUAUUGAGUUUAAGGAACUAUGUAGAUAAAGAUCAUGAUACGUAUAUAGCUAAUACUUACUUAUAAGAGUAUCGUUUUGAAGUCAACAACUAUGUCUUCUG